UGCAGACCAUCAGCCCGAGUGCCCUUCGUGGGCCGGCAUCAAUGCUCGAGAAUGUCGCCUCUGGAUGCUUGCUAUCCUCUUUCCAUAGCCCCAUUGAGUUUGGGGUCAUCGUCUCCUAACUCAUACCCUCACCGCGCCAGACGAGCUCCUUGAAGUCGUCUGGUAUCCCAGAACACUGUAAUCAAGCUACCAACAUCCUGCACUACGAGACAAAAGUACCCUAGCAUCAGCGCCGACGCUCAUCUGAUUGCACCCAAGUUGCUUAUUGUCGACCAUUUGCAACGAUGCAUUUCGACUCUCUGCCGAACGAGUUGCUAUCCACCAUCUUUCUCUCUCUACCCAGCAUAUCAUCCGCCAUUUCGCUCGCCUCGACUUGUCAUCGAUUCCACAGCGCCUACCACUCCUCCAAAAAGCUCCUCAUCUUGCAAGAAGCUGCCAAUGCCGAGCUGGGCCCCGUUCAAGACAUUGUCCAGCUGUUGACUCAGAACGCAUCUCAACCAGCGCACGUCCAGCGCAACGUACCCAUCUCCGAGGCCUUUCUUCGCCAGAUCGUCAAAGCGGGACGUGUGGCUCAGCGCUAUGAAGAGAUCUAUAUAUUCAAAAAGUGGAAGACAGACUACGCCAAUCGCCGCGUGUUAAACAGUCAGGAGAAAUACAACUUGAGGCGUGCCAUAUACCGUCUGUGGCUCUUCGAUAAAGCCUUCCACACAUCUGCGCAUGUCCGAACGUGCCGCAGUCUGCCCGAGGUCGUGCGACUCCGAGCUGCUCUCUUGCACAAUUGGACGACUGCGGAGCUCGCCGAGAUGCUCGACGUGCAUCUCAUCCUCCGCGACGUGAUCGCCAACAACGUGUGUCCCUCCAACGGCAAAAUCAGACAAAAGUUCUCCAAGCGCUUUCCCGACAGCAACCAACAGCUGUUGUUCAACAUUCAUCUCAACUACCCUCCUGCUCCUCCGCCGUUGAUGCCAGACACCUGGUACCACAAUUCCCAGAUUGGCUCUUCGCGAUACCAAUCACGGCUCGCGCCGUCUCGCUGGCAUGAGCCCGGCGCAGAGGGCUGGGGCGAUGACAUCUCGCACUAUUAUGUCGUCGAAGACAUGCUGAAGCUCGAUCCUGAGCAGAUCCUGUACUUGCGCGAUAAUUGUCCUCUCAAGUCGCAAGUCGAAGUGCAUGUGCGGGGGCUCGGGGAUUGGUUUGUCGAUAAUGGAGAGACGUUCUCGGAGACUGUCGCCUUCGUCCUGAAACAGAGAGGUGCCGAUCUCGAGCAGAUGAAGAUUGCGAUUGAGGAUGGAGAUUGUGGGAUCGCUGUCUCGGAAGAAUGACUUCAGUGAUUGCUUUAGUGCUUGGAGUGUGCUUCUUUAGCUCGUAAUCUCGACAAUCAUGUUCACCUUGAAGCUUUUGAUUUCAUUUGCGCUGUCGACGCUGAUUGGGAUAGUGCUGCGUAUCCGGCUUAGUAAUAUUAGCUGGAUGAGUAAGUCAGAUUACGAGUGAAUGAACACAUGAUUGAUCAACUCGAC